AUGAAGUACUCGUCCUUCGACUUCAUUAUAGACCAGUGGUCCCAUGUUCCUCCCCUCCGACGUGCCGAUCUGUCUGGACAGACUGUCAUCGUCGUAGGCGCCAAUGUUGGCAUCGGCCUCGAGGCAUCCAUUCACUUUGCGUCCAUGAACCCCGAGCGGCUCGUCGUUGCAUGUAGGAGCGAGACCAGAGGCCAAGAGGCCGUCAAAGAGAUAACACAGAGGACUGGCUACCCAAACACCGAGCUGUGGAUCAUCGACCUUGCCUCGUUUGCCUCCGUCCGUGAGUUCGCAGACCGCUUUGAGCGCGAAGCGGGUCCACUUGAUAUACUCGUAAUGAACGCGGCGUUGGCGAAGGGGAAAUACGAAGUGACCGAGGAUGGAUGGGAAACCAGCGUCCAGGUCAACUACCUCUCGACUACGCUCCUCCCCCUUCUCCUUCUUCCGCACAUGGUCGAGGCAGGCAAAAAACAUGGUCGCCCAGCGCGGCUCGUCACCGUCGUCAGCGACUCGCACUACGUCACCCCACUUCCUCGUGAUAUUCUGGCGUCCCCAACGCCCCUCAGGACGUUCAGCAGCACAGAGUACUCUACACCCGAGAAAUUCCGAGACCGCUACGCUCAAUCCAAACUCCUCAACGUCCUCCACGUCUGCGCCCUCGCCACCCACCUUCGCCCGCUCUCUCUUGUCCCCGUCACACCUACGAUGGUCAGCCCCGGAUUCUGCCGCUCCCAGUUACUUCGCGAGCAUAGGUCCUCGUGGGCCCUCUGGCUCAUGGAGAGAAUCCUCGCUUGGCCCGCUGAGUACGGUGCGCGUCAUAUCGUCUUUGGUGCCCUCGCCAAUCGCGGCUCCGACAAGGAGGAGGAAAGCAUGCGCGGGGCGUACGUGAGGCGGGGAGCGGUGAAAGAGGAGAGCGAUUGGGUUAUCAGUGAGGAAGGGAAGCGGAUGCAGGAUCUCGUGUGGGAAGAGACGAUGAAAUUUCUGAAGACUGUGGAUCCGAGGGUGGACAUGGUUUUGAACGAGUAUAUGACCACUUAG